AUGUUUCGAAUGUUUUUAACUCGAUGUUCAACAAUUGAUUUCCUUGAUAUUUCUGAUCGAAAUAUACCCGAUUUACCAUUGCCAUACUUUGCAGGAGCCGAAACAAGUUUAUCGCAUUUGUGUGAAUUACGAUGUAACACGGAAAUUCCUCCAUCAAUAUUUUAUCGUAUGGCACAAAUUUGUAGGAAUAUUGAAUCAUUAUUUAUUGGAUAUUAUCCCUUUGAUAAUGAUGGUUUAGCAACUUUAAUUGAGGUUCAAAAAAGGUUAAAAAAUUUCGAAUGUCAAUCUCAAAUACGUUAUACUGAAUCAUUGGAAGAUAAGCCACCAUAUGUAAAUAUAGCUUCCGCCUUAGCAACAUGUUCUAAUACCUUAACGAAUCUAACAUUCGGAGGGGAUUUAAUAUGCAUUCCAUCAUCUACUAUAGCAGAAAUUGUUAAUUUACAAGUAUUAAAAUUGGAUUUUAAUCAUUUUAAUCGUAAUUUGAAUGAAGAAAUUUUGGAAUGUUUAGAAUUCACGGCAUUCCCGAACCUUAAAAUAUUAAAAAUGGGAGGAAUACUUGCACCUUUAAUUAUGUUGGGAAGAUUAAUAAGAAGGACGAGAAAUAAUCUUGAAAGUAUUGCAUUACAUGGUUGGUCAAAACCAGACCCAAAACCAAUAGGAACGUUUAAUAGAGUCGUAGCUCAAUAUGCUCCCAAAUUAAAAUAUCUUACCACUUGGUGUUUUGAAAAUAAUUUUAGUGAUAUCGAUUUUAUAUUAAGUUCAUGUGAAAAUUUGGAAGGUUUAACUAUUAGUAGCCUUGAUCAUCCACUCGACGGUGACCUUUUAUUUGAAAUGUUGGGAAAUUUAUGUCAUGAAAAAUUUUCCAAAUUACGAAUAGCAGGAAAAUGGACUUUUACCCCUAAAGGAUUAAAAAAGUUUUUUGAAAAAAGAAAGAAAAUGAAAAGAACCUUUUCGUUAUAUAUAUGUGAUUGUUAUGAUGAAGUUGAUAGUUGUAUUGAAAUAACAAAAAAUCAUAAUCAAGUUAUUGAAAGGUAUAAGGCUGAAGGUAUAUUGAAAGAUUACAAAAUAGAAUAUGAUUUUACUGGUGAAUUUUAA